AUGACACCGAAUUCUGCCAGAAUAAGCUUACAAGACCUGCCUCUAGAGACACUGAACCAGAUAACCAGUUAUCUUACCUCCCAUCAGCCAAGUCUUUACGCAUUCAGUUUGGCAAGCAAGGCGUGCCAUUGCAUUACUAGCACAUUCAUCUUUCACCGAAUCAACAUCACAGUUAGUAAUCCUGCGGCAUUGAAGCGCGACAUUGAUGGCAUUGUUGAUGCUCUGUCUCGCACAGAGUCCGCCCGCCACGUCAAAUGCCUGAGCUUCAAAGGCUCCCUGUGUUUGAAUGGCGAAUAUGCCGAAUCAAGGAAAGAGGGAAAAUAUUCGAGAGAUGCGAUCGACUCAGUAACGAGGUGGUUUAAAACCACAGGUAUCAGUGAAGUACUAACUGAGGAGGAGCCUAUUCCAUCCGGGGCCUAUGUGAUCUAUGAUGAGUCUGUCAUACAAAAGGCUUCUGAAGAGGAUAUGGCAUGGGCCCCGGUUGUUAGUUUGAUUAAGCUUCUGCCACGCCUCGCCAAUCUAUUUUACGACUGUCAGAAUCAAUUUCCACCAAGUCUUCUGGAUGCUCUCCACAAGCACCAACCUCACUGCAAACUAUAUCACAGGACCUUCCGACUCAGAACACUAUUCUGGGAUACUCCUUAUCCUUAUGAAAUGGCCUUAGCGACGUCUCCGUGUCUAUAUAGUGUGAAACUCGCAUGUACUGAGCGAGAUACAGAUGGAGAUGACGAUUUCAACCAGGCCGCCAUGAUGGAUCUCGUAUCUGGUCUUGCUCCUAAUUUGAGGGAAGUUACUAUCGUCAACUUCAGGGCAUAUCUACCAUCGAGAUUGUUCCGACGACCGGAACCAUGGCGCGGUCUCCCAGGGUUUAUUCCAGGAUCGUCCGUUGGAUCUCUGACCUCUCUUUCCCUCAUAGGCUCAGUACGCAAUUCAUUGCCUGAGGAUCUCCAAAGCUGGAGCAAGUCGACAGACCUUCGUUGCUUGCAUCACCUGACUCUUGGUGGAGGCUUUGGGGCUGAGUCAGUCGGGGUAUCUGGCGACGUGAUGGAAUGGAUAUCUCGGACUUGUUCAUUCCCUCAACUCAGGACCCUUAUCGUCAGACUGGAUCGCGAUGAUUUCGACGUUCAGAAGCCUGAUUACAGCAGACAAGCUGUGGAAUUUUUCGGUGCAAUCAGACCUCUUCAUGAACUUUCAGUCUCCGGCCCUCUGGACCCUGACAUCUUGGAGGCAAUUCUAUCCGGGCAUGGACAAACACUUAAGAAUCUGGAUCUGCGCCCGUACGAAAGUCCAUUUCAGGCGGACAAUCGUUGGUUUCGACGAGAUAUACCAAUGAUAUUCACGAAGCAGCAGAUUUUACAACUCCAAGCCCACUGUCCAGCACUAGAGGAAUUAGCUAUCACUGUCAAACGCACAAAGUCUGAUGCGCUUGAAGCCGACAUGUAUAGAACCUUCUCCCAAUUCAAUCUUCUGCGGUCUCUGUUCCUCACCCUGGAUUGUUCCAACUGGCGGGUCAUUCGAGAUCCCACCUACCAGCCUGUGUUCGAUGAAGAGGAUGACAGACCCUGUGAGGUACUUGGCGAAUGGCUCAAGGAAGGCCAUGUACGGGAAACUUUCAUCAACUGUGCCGUGGACGAAAGGCUGGCACGGUCAAUCUGGGAGAUAAUCUGCCAGGACAAAGUGGGGAGAAAGCUGCAGUCUCUUAAAAUCUGGACCACAGGAGGGGGGCAGUUUGGUGAUACCACGUCGGGGUGUGGCAUGAUGGACAUUAUUGCAAACCUGAGUCGCUCGUGGCUUAUCGAACUUGUUCCUCGACAUGAUGAGAACAUCAUCAGCGUUAGGGAACUGGGUCUCAAAGCCAGGGAAGCGCGCGAUCAUAAAGGAAGAGAAGACGACGAACGUCGAGAUGCCUACCUAUUAGCGCAUGGAAUCGAACCAACGCAUAGAGACUAUAACCCAAUGAGAUCAUUUCGCCGGGUCUGGCCCCUUAAUCAAGAUUCCAAGGAUUGGCGUGCAGACUGGGCAAGUCUUCCUCUCCAGAGUUGA